GUAGUAGUACUAUAUGAUUUUAAAUGGGGAUUUAAUAUCUGGGUUCUUUUUUUCUGGUAGUAAAUCGUGGUGUGGUGGAGAGAGUACUACUUUGGUGGACAGGUCUCAGAAGUACAAUUUUGGAGAGAGAAAGAGAAAGAGAAGGAGAGAGAAAGACUACAGAUUUUUUUUUUUUUCUUUUUUGGUGUCCCAAUUAUACCCAUACAUACAUAUAUAUGGCUAGAGAACUUGGUGAAGCUAAAUCAAGGGAUCAGAUGGGAAGUUCCUCAGUUGGAUUUUGCUAUUCAGAUGUUUCACCACACAAUCCAACAAUCCAGACCCAGUUCACACAAAACCAGAUCCAAGAAUUUGGGCCCAACAAUCCCGAGAUGUUGAUCAACUUGACAACCGGCAUGGAGAUGAUAGGCUUUUCAAAGAACACUAACACCACUUCUUCUUCUUCUUCUUCUGCCAUGUGGAAAGGGUUCAACAAACCUGAUCAUGAUCACCAUGGUCAUCAUGAUCAUUUCACAACAAGUAGUAGUCAUCACGAUCAGAAUCUAAUGGUGGGACCAGAUCAUCAUCAUCAGUCUGGACCUUGGCAAGCUGCUGCUGAUCAUCAUCAGAAUAGGUUCUUGGUUGAUGACUCUUCUCUAUGUGUUUUCCCAUGUGAAGGAAAUGAGAGGCCAAGUCAAGGCCUUUCACUCUCUCUAAGCUCAACCAAUCCUUCUAGUAUUGGCCUACAAACCUUUGAACUCAGACAAACAAACCAAACCCAAGACGGGUUUUUCGCGAAAUCGGCAAAUAUUCAUCAACCGGCCCACCAAAUGAUUCAAUCUGAUCAUCAUAAUCAUCAUGCGUUUUUGGGCAAAUCUCCGAAUCAUCUUCUUCUUCAUCCUCAUCAACAAGUUAGUGCUGGUCAGGCGUUCCAUCUCAGAAACUCAAGGUACUUGGGCCCGGCUCAGGAGCUCCUCAGCGAGUUUUGUAGCCUCGGAACCAAGCAAACCGAGUUGCAAAAGCAAAAGUCGUCACAGAAGAACAAACAGUUGGAAGAUCAGGAUGAUAGUAACAAUAAUGGAGCUAGCUCUUCAAAAAAGCAGUUACUUUACUCCCUUGAAUUCGUGGAAUUGCAGAAGAGAAAAACCAAGCUACUUUCAAUGCUUGAAGAGGUGGAGAGAAGAUACAAGAACUAUUGUGAUCAAAUGAGGGCCGUGGUGUCGUCCUUUGAGGCAGUAGCCGGUGCCGGGGCGGCGACGGUUUACUCGGCGUUGGCGUCAAAGGCCAUGUCAAGGCAUUUCAGAUGUUUGAAAGACGGAAUUGUGAGCCAAAUUCAGGCGACGAGGAAGGCAAUGGGAGAGAAGGACGUGGCCGUUCCGGGCACGAGCAGAGGCGAGACGCCGCGGCUUCGGGCUCUCGAUCAGGCGCUGAGGCAGCAGAGGGCCUUCCAGCAGAUGAGCAUGAUGGAGAGCCAUCCAUGGCGUCCCCAACGUGGCCUUCCCGAGCGUUCAGUUUCUGUCCUCCGCGCUUGGCUCUUUGAACAUUUUUUACACCCGUACCCAAGUGAUGUUGAUAAACACAUCUUAGCCCGCCAAACAGGCCUCUCAAGAAGCCAGGUAUCAAAUUGGUUUAUUAAUGCAAGAGUGAGACUUUGGAAGCCUAUGGUUGAAGAAAUGUACGUAGAAGAGACAAAGGAACCAUCAGAUGCCAACAACAACAUAGGAUCCUCCUCAGACGGCGUAACCAUGGAACUCGGCGACCCUAGCCGGCAAACCAGUCGAAACCCGCCCGAUCAAGACCAAAAACCGACGGUGGACCAGCUCGUCCGAAUCGACUCCGAGUGCCUCUCGUCCAUCGUCAUCAACCCAGACAAAACCGACAUGAGAAGCAGCAGCAAAUCCCUCCAAAUCCGCCCUUCCAUGCAAGUGCAACGACAACAAAAUUUCGAUCGUUUUUCAGAGACGGCUUUCGGGACCGUGGAGCUGGACUUCUCAUCGUACAACCAGCACCAGCCGUCGACGGCCGGUACGGUUUUGUACUCUAACGACAACGCUAAUGCCAUCGGGUUUAACAACGGCGGCGGCGGCGGCGGCGGAGGGGUGUCGUUGACGCUAGGGUUGCAGCAGCAUGCGGGUGCGAACCAUGGGGUGAGCUUAGCAUUCUCUCCCGCUUCACAAAGCUCUCUGUUUUACACUAGAGACCAUGAAAUUGACGAGUGUCAACCGGCUGUUCAGUACUCGCUCUUAGACGGCGAAGGUCAGAAUUUGCCCUACAGGAAUUUGAUGGGGGCACAGUUGCUUCAUGACUUGGCAUGAUUGAUAUUGAUAUUUUGAUGAUGAUCAGAUUAUGAUCAUCGUAAGAAAAAUGUGGUGAAAUGGGUAAAAGUACGGGUGAUUUUUAGAUAAAGAAGUUAAAUUAGGUAUAGAAUAUAGCCAAAAAAUACUUUCAUGUAUACGUACAUAAAGCUAUACUGGGUGGGGGGUUUAGGCAUCAUCAUGAUCAAUUUUCUUGACUGGUAAUUAAUCUUGGAAUUUCUCUUUUAUAUCUUUUUGGUUGUAAGAACGUAUGUUUUUAUACUCUUUAAAGCGG